AUGCGCCCAAUGAACACAAAUUGCUCUGAUGGGAUGUUAAGCUAUCAGGUGCCGCCAAAAUCAACUCAAGAAAGAAGUGAAGGGAAUGACGAGCUUUUUGGACACAGCAGAAAAAGUGAUGAGAAUGCAGAGCUUCUUGGACAGCUUGGAAAAAGGGAAGGGAAUGACGAGCUUUUUGGACACCACAGAAGAACUGAUGAGGAUGCAGAGCUCCUUGGACAGCUCGGAAAAAGGGAAGGGAAUGACGAGCUUUUUGGACACUACGGAAGAACUGAGGAGAAUGCAGAGCUGUUUGGACAGCUUAGAAAAAUACGCAUCUUUAUUGAGGAUGAGGGGAAGAAACUGACUGGGGUGGAAGCUAGUGAGGAAGAAAAUAAUUUAGAAGACAAGGAAGUGAAGCAACCUUUCACUAUAGUGGAGAAAAUUAGAAUUUCGGAUACUGUAAAUGGAGAUGAAAUUAGAUUCCCGGCGGCAGACUGCCAUUUACAGAAAUAUUCGGUUUAUGAAUUGUCGGCUAUUUGGCCUGAUAAACCGCCUAUUCCGAGUAGGUUUUGA